CGCAUGCAGUAAAUAGCGAGCGAUUUCUGAAAGCCUUGACAAAGAUUCCAGUGGCAAAAGAGACAAUGGAAGUCUCUGAUUACUACGGCUGCUACAAGAAGUAUAUGGGAACUUGGAGCCAAAAAGUGCUGAACAAAGAUCUUGUGCGAGCGAACAAGAAAAUCAUCAUGGAUUUCUAUAUCAACUCUCAUCUGGACACCUGGCAGUUAGGAGAAGAAGCUUUCAAGGCACAAACCACCGUGGGUGGUCUGUUGAAAAACCAGUUGGACGAUCCAUGGAAGACUCUAGAUGAUUUGUCAGCUGUGAGUUCCUAUCUGAAAAGAACAAGUGCACUGUUCAGGACUCCAGACUUCCCGCCAAGCUCCACAGUGUGUGGCCAUGUAGCCAGAAUGCUCCGCGAUCUUUUUGCAAACAUGGGGCAACUUGGCUAUGCAGAAGAGCUCUAUUCGGACAUGUUUGACUUUGCAAUAAGCGUCAACCAGUCUCAGUUCCCAAAUUCAGAUGACCUCAUCAGCGCUUUCGAAAAUGUCCUGGCCUUCUUCAGAAAACUGAAAAAAGAACAUUUUCCUUCAAAAGAAGUAUAGCCGCCAGUGGGUGGAGCUGGUACCUGCUUUGCUCAAACGCCCGUGUGAGGACACGUUCAUAGCUUGUGACACAGUGAUGAGACAUGAUAAAAGCUUCAAGUGGAAGGAAUACCCAGAAGUGGCUUCAGAAGUGUUCGAUCUCAUUGCCAAGUUUUUCCAAGACAAAUCGAGAAGCGCCCAGUGGGCUGAUACAGAUCUGAAGAUGAUUAUUCGCCUCACUAAGCAGUUUCUUGAAGGUUUAAGGAAAUCCAAGAUGCUGAAGGAGUAUGGGGAGAAAAUGCUUUUCUUUGCGAUCCACCUGGUGGAGAUAAACAGGGACCUGCUAUUCGAAUUGAGCGUGGUUGUGUCUGAGAAACUAGAUGUGGAUGUCAAGAAAAACAAGGCCGCGGUGAUGGCUGCUAUUCAACGAUACCUGGAGAUUGUGAAGAGUGAGGACCUUCCUUGGGACGAGAACAGGAAUCUUCUUGAUGCGUUAAAGAAUAUUGUGCAGAGUGUCACAGAGCCAGUCAAAGACGCUAAAACGUUCUCCGUGGAUGAGAUCGGUGUGUUUGUCUCAGUGGCAGCAAUAUGCCUACAGCAUGAUCCCUUAGACCCUCACACAGGAGGCUUUGCUUCAACGCACUAUCUCAUCUUCAAUAAAAUCAUGGGCAAUAUCAGUGGAUGGACGUAAUGACUAUUGCGGGAGCGAUCGAAUCCAUCUACCCAGCCAACCCAAAAGGCUUCAAGUCGUACUAUCAGGAGAUGUUCACAGACCUCAUAGAGUCGGCAAACCAGAUAGUUGUUACGUGGUUGGCUCGACUGUUUUGGAAAGUCUCCAAGACCCAACCUGAGUUGUUUUCUGAGGAAGACCUAGAAAAGUUACUCAGCAAAGCAAGGGAAGACCAAAGCAAUCAACCGAUCCUGCUGCAAAUGAUUCAGGAACUUUGUAAACGACGACCGUCUGCCAUGAUCAAACACAUUGACAAGAUUUUUGACGAGUCUGGGUGGCAGCCCGUGUUACUGUGCUGGAUGAACGACAUGAUCAGUACUCUCGCUCUGCACGACCAAAGUGUGGCGGACAAGUCGUUGACUUAUUUAUUACAAAGUGCCAUGGCUCAUCAGGACAAGGCAAACUUGCUCACAUCAUUAAAUGCAAUUCGGCUCAUUGGUUUCAAAUAUCCGGACACACUGAAACUUAGACGGUCUGAAGUGGAGGGCCUUUCAUGUGUGGAUGCUGAUGGGAAAAGCAUUCAAACGACCAUUCUGGAUAUGAUUGAUGGCAAGACACCUUCAGAUCUUGCUCAUCAGCUGGAGAGUCAACUACAAGAAGUGAGCGGUCUUGCCCUGAGGGUGGAGGACACAGAGGAAGCUGUCACUGAGGUUCACACUCAGUUAGAUCGUCAGGGAGCGGAUCUGGACAAAGUGAAAAAUGAUGUCACGGAACAGGGUCAAAGGUUGGAUCAUGUCGAGGAGACAGUAGACGAGACUGUGGCCAAAGUAGAGGUGAUCGAUCAGAAGACGCUGAGCCACGCGCCAUACUGGUCACGUGAUGUGUCCAAGUUGUUGAACCCUGAGUCGGAGCACGACUGGCGUCUGCUAGGCUCUCGACUGGGCUAUAGCAACGAUGACAUCAGAAGCUGGGCCCAGCAGGCAGACCCCUGUAUGGCAAUGUUCAAUGAAUGGUACGCCACUCGCAAAACAAGUGAGGCGACUUUUGCUAUUCUGACACAACUGCAAGAAAUGGACAGGAUGGACGCAGCUAUCGUUGUGGAAAACGCCAUGAAAAAUGCUGAGGCGGUGGUGGAAGACGAGGACUUUGAGUACGCCUCCCCUCCCCCCAUCUUCAUCAGUUACCAGUGGGGUCACCAGGAGGAAGUGAAACUGCUCAAACAGCACCUGGAGAUGGCGGGCUAUGAGUGCUGGCUGGACAUCGGUCAGAUGGGUGGAGGAGACAAACUGUUCGAAAAGAUUGACAACGGUAUUCGGGCCGCCAAGGUUGUCAUCAGUUGUGUCACAGAAAAAUACGCCAAAUCACCAAACUGUAAUAGGGAGGUGAACCUAUCAGUGGGCUUGAACAAAUCUCUGAUCCCACUACUGAUGGAGAAGUGCGUGUGGCCACCUCCUGGCUCCAUGGGUCCCAUCUUCUCCGAGUUCCUGUAUAUUCGUUUCUACCAACAGCCGGGAGAGGAACUAGAUGACCAGCGCUACUGGCCAGGGGACAAGUUCCAGGAACUUCUAAUGCAGCUCUCCACAUUUGGUCUGACCCCCGACGAGGGAAAGAUACAACCUGUGUACAGAAACUGGUGGAUGCCAAAAGUAGAAGAAAUCAAAAUUGACAAGAGCAAGACACGUGACGGAGGCAACGGUUCUCAGAAGCAACAAGAAGAAUUCGAUAAACAGGCCGCCGAGACCCCGGACGUGUUCAUCUCCUACCAGUGGGGAAAACAGCCAAACAUCAUCAAGCUCUACGAACGACUCACGUCUCUGGGCUUCACCUGCUGGCUGGACAUCAAACAGAUGGGUGGUGGCGACUCCCUUUACGACAAGAUUGACCGUGGUUUACGCGGCAGUAGAGUGGUCCUGUCGUGUGUGACCCAGAAAUAUUCUCUGUCCGCCAACUGCCGGAGAGAGGUCAGUCUGGCAGACGCGCUCAAGAAACCGCUGGUUCCGCUUCUCCUGGAGAAGAUGACGUGGCCGCCAGCUGGACCAAUGAGCAUGGUCAUGACGCAGCUGCUCUAUAUCGACUUCUCACAGGAUGAUGCAGAGGAGAGUACGUGGACAGGUCCAAAAUUCAGAGAACUGGAAGCCAAGAUUAGAGAGCACGUGAAAGGGGCACCUUCAGACUUCAGUGGAGGUUCAAGUUCUUCAGAUCAAGUAAAUGAUCAAGUUGCAGCAAUAGUGACUACCCAUCCAAAAGGUAGCCGUACUUCAACUUCAAGCAAAUCUUCCGUGAAAAUGACAACCUUUGAAGUGUCUUUCCCUGACUCAGGGUCAUCAUCUAAAGCGGCAAACAGCAAUGAAGGUUCACAAAAGAAUACUGGAUCUGAAAAUACGUCCGAAUCAUCUCUGGACAGUUCCCACUCGCGAGCUCAAGUCAAGACAAAAGCGGUCUUGGAGUUAGGCAAACCUGUCCGAAAGAAAUCUUCCCUGCAGUCCCCAAAUCCUGACAGCGGGGCGGUGGAUUCCAGCAACGACUUGAGCAUAGAUACAGUGCCGUCAGCAAAGAGUCGGUCUGCUGCCAACGAGACAAACCCCGAAGAAAAGAGAAGGAGGAUAUCCACAAUGAAAGACCCCUUACAAGAAACCUUAGCAAACCCACAGCCAAAACCAUCUCCACAAACGGGGGAUGGCGGGCAAGGAGGGAAGCCUUCAAAGACCAAGGCAGCUGCGGUUGGGAAACGCACAUCAAAAGCUUGCGUGUUGAUGUAGAUCUCACUUGUGAGAAUAUUUUUUGUUGUACUUAUUGGCACCUUAAAGCUAGAGAGAUAGUAAAAACUACAUUCUCAAAGAGAAAGGGAGGUAAAAGUUAUGAAGAAAGUUGGGUCAAUAAUAAUAAAUAGUAAAAACAAAGGACCCAGAAAGGCAUGGUUAUGAGAAGCGUUCAAUGUUGGGUUUUUUAAAAUAGUUUUAGUGAGAGUUUUACAGCACUUGCAACACAAUAAGGUCAUAUAAGUGCCGAA